AUGCAAGACGAUACUGAUCAGGUGUUAAACCAAACAAUAGAGAAGCAGAAAUUAAGUUGGUCUCUUGUGUAUAUGGAGUUUCAAGGGAAGAAGCAAACCAUCCUCUGCCUGUCCUUUGUGACCUUGUUUAGCCUUCUAGGUCUCUUGUGUGCUGAAAUUGAUGGCAGUCCCAAUAUUGUUGUGGAAGAGGUUCAUGUUGGUGUGAUUCUUGAUAUGGGGUCAAGGGAAGGAAAGAUUAUUCUCAGCUGCAUUUCAACAGCCCUGUCUGAUUUCUACCAUCUGCAUAACAACUACAGCACAAGAGUAAUUCUGCACACCAGAGAUUCCAAAGGAAAAGCUCUACAUGCUUUAUCAGCUGCUCUAAAUCUUUUGGAUGAGAACAAAGUGGAAGCAAUUAUUGGUGCACAAACAAGAAUGGAAGCAAACCUAUUGGCAGAGUUAGGAGAAGAAGCUAAAGUCCCUGUAUUGUCACUUUCUGAACUUCGUACUAGUCCUUUCGGUGCUCCUGGCGAAUAUCCCUUCUUUGUUGAGAUCACACAAGAUGAAACUUCUCAAGUUACGGCAAUCAGUGGCCUUAUUGAAAUGUUCAAAUGGAGGGAUGUCAUCAUUCUAUAUGAGAACACAGAUUAUGGGAGAGACAUCAUUCCAUUUUUUAUCAACUCCUUUGAAGAAGCAAAUGUGACUAUUGUAUAUAAAAGUUGCAUUGCUGCCUCCUCAGCAGAUGAACAGAUCAUUGAAGAGCUCGGCAACCUCACAAAGUUGAAGACAACGUUAGGCCUACUGAGUGAAGGGUAUGCUUGGAUCCUGACAUCAACUAGCAUGAAUUUCUUGCAUUCUUCCAUGGACCCAUCUGUAAUUGAGUCAACGCAAGGAGUGCUCGGUUUGAAGUCUUAUACUCCAGCAUCAACCCGCCUCCACAAUCUUACUUCAAGAUUGAGGAGGAUAUUUUACAUGCAGGAUCCUAACAUAGAAGUAAGUGCGGUAACCCCAGAUGGAAUUUGGGCAUAUGAUGCAACUUGGGUUCUAGCUGAAGCAAUUGAGAGGACCUCGACUUCUACAGGAUUGAACCUAGUGAAUUUAAACAAUAUUACAUCCUCCAAACAUGGACUUCUGCUUCUUCAAGAGAUAUUGCAAACAAGGUUUAAGGGUUUAAGCGGUGAAGAAAUUCAAUAUCCAAAUGGGAAGCUAGUUUCAACUGCAAUUGAGAUUGUGAAUGUUAUAGGAAAAGGGGAAAGAAGGGUUGGAUUGUGGCCAUGUGAAGAAAAACACACAAGAGAUUCCUACCCACUUAAGAACAGAAGAAAUUUACUUUCUACCAACGAUCUCGAAACAAUCAUAUGGCCUGGAGGAUCAUCAACCAUCCCAAGGGGUUUAAAGAUGCAAUUGCGUAAUAGUUCCAAAAUAAAACUAAGAGUUGGAGUUCCAGUGAGAAUAGGGUUCAACGAACUUGUGCAUGUGAAACAUGAUAAUCAAACCAAUCGAACAUAUUUCACAGGCUUCUGCAUCGACGUAUUCGAGGCUGCAAUUAGAGCAUUGCCGUAUGAAGUAAAUUAUACCUUCAUUCCAUUUCCGAUUGGCAUUAAUGAAAGUUACAAUGAUAUUAUUUACCAAGUUGUUCUCCAGACAUUCGAUGCUGUUGUUGGGGAUACCACGAUCACAUCGGAGAGAUCUCAGAAUGUGUGUUUUACAAUACCAUAUACUGACUUAGAUCUUUGGAUCUCAAGUGCGGUUUUCUUUAUCUUGACCGGUUUCGUUGUGUGGGUAAUUGAGCGCCCCGUGAACCCAGAAUUCCAAGGCACACCUUCGCAGCAAAUCGGAACCAUAUUAUGCUUUGCCUUCUCAACCCUUGUGUUUGCUCAUAGGGAGAAGUUGUUAAACAAUUUAGCAAAGUUUGUAGUGAUCAUAUGGGUUUUUGCUGUGCUUAUAUUCACUGCCAGUUACACAGCAACUCUGACAUCAAAUAUGACAUCGGCAAGGGGUAGCGAACAUAAAUUCAAACGUUCUUAUAAGACGGUUGAAGAAUAUGCUGACGCUUUAUCAAGAGGAAGUAAGCAUGGUGGUGUCUCUGCUAUCGUUGACGAGGUUCCGUACAUUAAGAUCUUCCUUGGACACUAUCCUACUGGCUACUCCAUGAUUAAACCCGAAUCUACCACCAAUGGUUUUGGCUUUGUUUUCCCUAAAGGUUCGAAUUUGGUCCAUGAUGUGUCAAUGCAAAUUCAACGAAUGAGAGAAGAGGGAAAGCUUAUAGAGAUGGAGAAGGUCUGGUUUCAUAAGGGAACAAUUCCCAUGUUUGACAACACAACGAGUGAUUCCAAUACUCUAAACUUCCAUACCUUUCGUGGUUUAUUUCUCAUUACUGGGUUUUCUUCAGCUUUUGCUCUUUUCAUAUUCAUAAUAAUCCCACUCAAAGAAAAAUGGUAUGCCGUGAAGAAAUUCAGAUUUAGAUAUCAGGUUCGAGAAAAGCUGCAGCGUGUAAGGAAGUUCUUCUCUCACAAAGUUUCCAAUGAAAACGAAGAAAACCAGUAG